AUGUCUGGACGAGGAAAAGGUGGUAAAGGUUUAGGUAAAGGUGGUGCCAAGAGACACCGAAAAGUGUUGAGAGAUAACAUCCAAGGUAUCACCAAACCCGCUAUCAGACGUCUCGCACGAAGAGGUGGUGUCAAGCGAAUUUCAGGUCUCAUCUACGAGGAAACCCGAGGUGUACUCAAGAUCUUCCUUGAAAACGUUAUUAGAGACUCAGUCACUUACACCGAACACGCCAAGAGAAAGACCGUCACUUCUCUUGAUGUAGUUUACGCUUUGAAGAGACAAGGUAGAACUUUAUAUGGUUUCGGUGCUUAA